AUGUUUUCGGUACUGCCCAACACAGAGCAAGUGAUACUCGCUACCAUGGGUAGUGAUAUCGACAAGCUCAUUGGCCCCCAGAUUGUCAGUUUCUUCCCUGAACGAGCACUUAGAUGCGAAGAUGACUAUCGCAGAACCGAGGCAAUGAUAUCCAUCGGAUCUCAUAUGCCCAGACCUGGACCAUAUCAAGUGUUCAAGCGACUUCACCACACUCGUUUCCAAGACAGUCACCAUCGGUCGAGACAAAUGUCUGUUACAAAGGACACCUUUUUGACACACAACAUGGUCUUUCCAAAGCCCGUGCCCUCGCAGCCUGGAUGUCCUCAUGGACUCGACCUCAUCAGUCUUGAUCUUGGUCUAGUUGCGUCGACAUUUGACCAUGAUCAAGUUGUUCCACACAUCCGGCCGACAGAAUAUGCUGGGCAACCGUUGAGCCUCAGGACGUUCCCUCAACUUGAAGAGUUUACUAUGAUGUGCCUGCGACCUACCAGCUGCAGCUACCAAAGUCACUUACCCUUCCUCAAUUCCUCAACAGACAGACGAGGUGAGUACUAUGGCUUCCGCUACCACCAAGAUACCCAACGCGUGGAGUACACUCAGCUGAUUUGGUCCGACGUCGCAGAGCUUGCAUUCGCUGGCGAAGAUCUUACCAAGGGACUAUUUCCUUAUACAAUUGUCCGUUUGUCGAUCGUCGGACAACGGCGCGGUCGGUGCAGGGUGCCAAAAGAGCUUGAAUGGACGCACCUAGACCUGUAUUCCGAGGUUAGUGAGCACCAUCUCAACAGAAUCAGAGACUUGUGGGUGCUGACUCGAAUGAGACUCGAGAACCCGAUUCGAGAUGAGACAUGUCAGAUGGAAGCCUGA